UUUAUGGGCGCCAGUGCUUGAUUGGACAUCUCCUUGGUAGGUCGUGUAUCCAGUCUAUACUAAUUUGUGCUUGUAUGUUGAAUGCAUCGUUUGUAAAAAUAAACAUUUUCGGCGGUUUCGGUAAUCUGGGAGAAACUGUCGUAAAAUCGAGUUGUAUAUAGUAAUGGUAUUGUUUAUAAAACAAUUUGAAAUAAAGUGAAUGUACAUGCUUUUAAAGUGAAAUUCAUAAAGUGUGGAUAAUAAUGGGAGAAAUACAUUAAAAUAAUAAAGAAAAUCAAUAUUGGACCAACUGAAGUAAGAACCACUCACACCACGCAUUUCAUUUUAUUGUUAAUCAAUUUAUCGAUUUUUUCGGAAUUGAGUGUGCAGGAAAAGGAACAUAAAAGAGUUAGUGUCGUUUCGUUCAGGUAUUGACAAAUCUGUGUCUCCCUGUGUGCUUAAGCUUUCCUCUCAUUCAAACGCGUUGAUGGCACUGAUUAAUCAUCAUACAUUAAAAGUGUUGUGAUGAACAAUAUAGUUCCAAAAGUGUAAUUGUUUAGUCUUAAUCAAAAUAGUGAAAGUGAUCACGUUAUGGAUCUAUGUAAAAGCAGAAUGACUCGCUACGAAAUGGAAUUCGAUCCUUCCACAUACCACUGCGCAAUAUGCAUGUUCCGAGAACAUCCGUGCGAGACGCUAUCCGUAGGGACAAUCGCCGGUGUUAUUGGGCGUGGUCGUCCUACACCAGCGCUUCCACUACUGUCAAAAGAAUGUCGCUACAAAGGAAAGGUGUUUACCAGGCGGUUUAAAAAAGAUAACUAUCUUCGGUACGAUUGGCUUGCUGGCUGUGAAGUUGAGAACAAGCUAUUUUGUUGGCCGUGUUACAUAUUUUCUUCCGAUCCAACCGAUACAUGGGGCUAUAAAGGAUUCGAUGGCUUGAGUAAUUUCAGUAACUCAGUAAAAACGCAUGUUAAUCAAGAAAUUCAUCUACUAAACGCUGAAAAGUAUAAUUGUUACGUGACUGAGGGAAGAAAAAUUUUAAGCGAAAGGACACGUAUUCAAUCGAAUUCGGCUGCAAAUUCGACGGGCCGAAUAAAGAUGGAUGUUCUACCAACUAGCCAGUAUACCGAGGCUGAAGAGCAAGACAACGAAGCCAAUAUAAUACGGCAUUCAGGUGUGCUGGAGGAACCGUCCGGAGACGAAGGAAUCCAAGAAUCAAACAGUAGCGCAAGGGAAACUGUUGACAUGUCUCAGCCAGCGGUUGGGGCAGAAAAGUAUCAACUGAAGUGGCACUCGCAUCAACAAAAUCUCAAUUCGUCGAUCUCAUGUCUAUAUAGGAACGAUCGCUAUGCCGAUGUGAUGUUAAUCACCUGUAAUAAUGAUGAGAGCUUUUCGAUGGCCGCACACAAAUUGGUUCUUGGAACCUCUAGUACGUAUUUCGCCAAUAUCUUCGACAAAACUGUUACCCCACCGAAUGCAAUGACUUAUAUCGUUCUUCCGCCGGAGCUCACGAGACGUGCCCUGCAGACACUGAUACAGUAUAUGUACACGGGUGAAUCGACGGUUUCGGUAGAUAUUCUGAAUGAGGUGUUGCGUGGAGGUGAAAUUCUGAAAAUACGGGGCCUCUGGCGAAACCCAGGUAUAUCCGAUGGAACUGCUUCUACGGAACAAACAACUUCUAAGGGUCGUCAUCGAUCGGAACGAGUUUCAGUGGAUAGGGUACUACUUCAAGAACCUCGUGUUGCGCAAAAUCCAGUAACCAUUCACGAUAGUCCUGUGAUUGUAACAAACGCAGCAAAAAGCUACGGAAUAAGUCAAACUGCACAAAUGCCAGCAAGUUCGUCUACACCGAUCAUCAAUGUUAAAAAAGACGUUGCGAUUGAUCCCGGUGAAAGAUGUAGAUCCUCUUCUAAUAUUGAUGGUAACCCCUCCAGUACUAAACGAUCUCAUCCGGCCAUCAAUCAGGAGAAUAAUCAUCAAACACCUAAACAACAGCCCAUUACAAAAAACUCUCCGUCAAGAGCAGUAUUAACGAAUACAGAAAAUGUUCCGCCUACACACAGUGUGUCCCAAACAAUGCCGGAAGAACUGAAUUUUCUUAACGUGAAAGAAGAACCGGUUGAGUGGAGUGACGUUAACGCUGGAGAGAUAGAUCUUGAUAAAACUGGGCUUCCUAUAGUGAAAGUAGAGAUGAAAGAUCCAGUGUGCUCGGACGAAAGUGAAGAUCAUAGCCAAGAGCAAGUGUAUUCGCCUUUGACGUGUGAACUGUGUAGUGAAACAUUCACUGUUCCUGCCGAAUGGGUGCGACAUAUUGAGAGCCACACAGAUCCUCCGCAUACAGCAUCGAAACGCCGUCGCCGUUUGGAGAGUGACAAUAAUGCCGAUAUGACGGCCGCACUGAAGUGUGACUUGUGUGCCAUGUACUUCGUAACACCAGCCGAAUGGGUUCGUCACGUUCAGAACACGCACACGGAGACAGAAUUGGCCAUGUCCAACAAUAGCACGCUUUCCCGACGCGGCACAAAAAUUUCCUCUUCCAACACGUUAACGACUUCGGUACAGCAAGCACAGGAGCGAAUAUGCUCUGUAUGCAACAAAGGUUUUCCUUCGUAUGCCAGCAUGAUUAUUCACAAACGAACACACACGGGUAUGGGCUCAUCUGGUUAAGUGAACAGGAUUUCGGUGUGAAACCGUCGCAAUGCUGAAUCGCUCCUAAGAAGUUAUGUUUCUUUUGUACGAAUAUUCGUCGUAUGAACACACUGUAGAUGGUGCACAUAUACGACUUCCUGAGCGCAGCAGUUUUAACUUUUUAGGAGACACUGUCAUAGUUAUAUACCGUGACCGAUAAUGUAAAAAUGAAUAAAAUGCAUAUUUUUCAAUUUAACUAGAUUA